AUGCACGCAGCCCUAGCAGAGCUCAAGUGCAAAGACUCCCUUCCGGAAGACAAGGCAGUGUCCCCGACCAUGCCUCCUUCAAAGAAGGCGAUCCCCGCGAAGAAGGACAUCGAUGCCCCAGGCCUCGGAGAUCUUCCGCCAUCGUCGUUUGACCCCAACAUCGAACACUUCAAGAUGAUCGAAGCAUCUAUCAACGAGAUCAAGGCCCAUCCCUUGUUCGGACCGCACAUCGACCAGAUGGACCCCUUGCCCCUGGUUCCUGCGGAUAAGGAUGAUCUGGCAGGGUUCCUGGCGCCGCUGGAUCGCGAACAGAUGAAGCUGUCGCGCGAGAGUGGUUCGGAAUACUUCUGUGGCGUGAACCUUCUAUGGGGCAAUCCUCUAGAAUCCAUCACGCCGGGCGUUCCUAUCAUGGCUAAAGCCGUUGCAGACCUUGUCCAGCGUCUGUUGAAAAGGGGGCCCAAGAUUUUGGAGGAUCGUCUGGAAUUUGUCUUUCCUGGCCCGGCAGACAUGAGAUGGCGCAGAUGCUCUCCGGAAGAGCAGCAGCAUGCCGUCAUCAUGGCCGUCCACGAAGCCAUCCUCACGGGUGCACCGGACUCUCAGCUGCUGGAAUGGAAGAGGGUGCUACUAUCCUGCCCCGCCAACUUUGUGCACCUCGCCACGGAGCAGGAGGUCUACUUCUACACGACCAACAAGCGCUUCAAAGCCGAGGCCGACCACCGUGCCAUCACCCACAAGACGACCCAAAUGAUCUUCGAUGUGUGGAAUUUCAAGGUCAGGAAGGAGGUCUACACGGGCGCGCUGAGCGCGGACGACGUCGCCACGUUGUAUGGCAAGAACUUGAUUCAAGUGAAUCGUCGCAGCGGCGGUGGAAACAGUCAGGAUGACAAGGACCGCACCAAGCCUGGAACGAUCAAGGCCUGCAUCCAUGUGUAUGAAAAGAUGCUCACACACGAGGCCUUGCGCCAGAUCGUUUUGGCCGCCGAACAGGACUUCCUGGACAGCUCUCCUUUUGCGGGCGUCUACAAGCUCCAGGAGAUGUGCAGGCUGUGCAAGGACAACGUGUCCAAGUUGGAGUGGUUGCUGGGCGCGGCCUACCACCGAUUCAGGGCAGGGACAUUGCACGAUUUCAGCCUGCGAAAUCUUGCGACUGCAGGCACCAAGCAACAUGCCCUCGUGCUCCUGAAGCAGCGCGAGAUGAAGAUAUGGCUACUGGGCCCUUUCCUGGAUGCCAGGAACAUUCUGUCCGAAUGCAAGUCCAAGCUGCGUGAAGUCUUUGCCAGCAGAGAUUCGUUCAUGAAGCUGUUGCGACCGGUGGAGGAGGAGGAGCAAGAGAACAUCGAUGUGAGUUGGCAAGCAACUUGGCCCAAGUCGGCUCUGCUGACACUGGAACUUCUGGAGAUAUCCUCUUUCAGCGUAGACACGAAUGAGGAGAGCACCGUCCGCCUUGGCAUUAAACAUGGCAAAAGCGGGCAGGAGCUGCUUGAAGAGUAUUCUCCCUUCAAGGAGAAGAUUCAGGAGAUCGACGCUUGCCUGAAGGAGGAGCUCAAGGCCAUCAACGAUGCAUCGAAGUCUCAGGGAGGCGAUUCCGAGCCGGACCAGCCACCGAACAUUCCGAACCCGUCCGGAGCAGGCCCGUCCAGAACUUCCGACAUGGACGAGGCCAUGGCGGAAGGCAUGGAUCUGGAGAGCAAGCGCCUGGCUCACGCCAAGCGGAUCAUGUCCUCCUACCUCGUGCUUGAGUCUGAGGAGGACAAGAAAACAUCUGGAGCCCUGGCGUCCGCGCUCAAGAAGCACAAGCUGGUGCAAGUGGACACCGCGAGCAUGAGUGGGAAUCUGAUCAUUGCGCUGGACGUGAAUGCGUGGGGGGAGGCAAUCACCGCCCCCCACAUCCGCCGACCCCCGAUUCAGCAGGCCAUCCUGAAAAAGAUCUUCGAGGCUAUUGGGCUUGCACGUCGCGGAGUGUCGGCCUGGACGACAAUGGCCCCUGGCGAGAUUGUGAUUUGCCUGAACGGAGGGCGCACGAACAACAGCUUCCUGUCCAAGCUCAUCGGUGUUGGUCCGGGCGUGGGUCGUUCCAAGUCUCGUGGAAGCAACAUCAUGUGGCGUGAGAUCACAGCUACCUUUACCCCGGAGUCCGUGCAGACCCGGCGGGUUCGCACCUCCAGGAAAGCUUUGGCGUCCCUGAAGUGCUCGCAGAAGAUGUUUUGGUGGUUCGAUGCGGGCACGGAUAUCCCGGUGAAAGCCCACAAGCACUGUCAAGGCCAGGCUGUACACUGA